AAAAAAUGUCAUCGUCGGGCAAGGACGCGAACAGCGGGCAUUACGCCAACUAUGUGGGACCUUACCGCUUGGAGAAGACGCUGGGCAAAGGACAGACAGGUCUUGUGAAGCUGGGCAUCCACUGUGUCACAUGUCAGAAAGUUGCCAUAAAGAUUGUCAACAGAGAAAAGCUCAGCGAGUCCGUUCUUAUGAAGGUGGAGCGGGAGAUAGCAAUUCUGAAGCUCAUAGAGCAUCCCCACGUUUUAAAGCUGCAUGACGUCUAUGAAAAUAAGAAAUACCUGUACCUGGUGCUAGAGCACGUGUCCGGGGGGGAGCUGUUCGACUACCUGGUGAAAAAGGGCCGGUUAACACCUAAAGAGGCCAGAAAGUUCUUCAGACAGAUCAUCUCAGCCCUGGACUUCUGCCACAGCCACUCCAUAUGCCACAGAGAUUUGAAGCCUGAGAACUUGUUGUUAGACGAGAAGAACAACAUCAGGAUAGCAGACUUUGGCAUGGCGUCUCUGCAGGUCGGGGACAGUCUGCUGGAGACCAGCUGUGGGUCUCCGCACUACGCCUGCCCGGAGGUUAUCAGGGGGGAGAAGUAUGACGGGAGGAAAGCAGACGCAUGGAGCUGUGGAGUCAUCCUGUUUGCACUUUUAGUGGGCGCGCUGCCUUUCGACGAUGACAACCUGAGGAAUCUUCUGGAGAAGGUGAAGCUGGGAGUUUUCCACAUGCCUCACUUCAUCCCUCCGGACUGUCAGAACCUCCUGCGCGGCAUGAUUGAAGUGGACGCCACCAAGAGGCUGACGUUAGAGCAGAUCCAGAAGCAUACGUGGUACCUAGCUGGAAAGAACGAGCCCGAGCCCGAGCAGCCCGUCCCCAGGAAGGUGGCCAUCAGGACGCUGGCCUCGGCCGAGGAGAUCGACCCCGACGUCCUGGAGAGCAUGCACUCUCUGGGCUGCUUCAGGGACAAGGACAAACUGACCAAAGACCUGCUGUCUGAGGAUGACAACCAGGAAAAGAUGAUCUACUUCCUGCUGCUGGACCGUAAGGAGAGGUACCCGAGCCACGAGGACCAGAACCUGCCGCCACGCAACGAGAUCGACCCUCCCAGGAAGCGCGUGGACUCGCCCAUGCUGAGCCGUCACGGUAAGCGGAGGCCGGAGAGGAAGUCCAUGGAGGUGCUGAGCGUCACGGAGGGAGGAUCUCCCGUCCCGGUGCGACGAGCCAUCGACAUGGCGACCCACGGUCAGAGCAAAUCUGUGUUCAGUAAAAGCUUGGAUAUCACAAACGCUAACUGCAGCAAGGAGGAAAGAUCGCGGUCGAUCAGCGGAGCGUCCUCCGGUCUGUCCACCAGUCCUCUCAGCAGUCCCAGGCCCAACCGGCGGUUUUUCAUCCCGCCCCAGUCCCCAGACCUGUGUCAGUCCCCCAACUGCAGCCCCACCCACUCCCCCGAGGUCCGCCUUAACGGGGUGGGGCCACGCACGCCCAACUCCUACCAGCCAAAGAUGGGGUCUCCCCUCAUGCACCCCCGCACUCAGACCCUCCCCGCCAAGCCCAAAGUGUCUGAGAAGCCCCUGCAGACCACCAGGUCCAACCCCCUUCCCAACACAGCCCAGACCCCCACCACCCCCAAAUCUGAGCCCACCACGCCCUGCCAGCCUCUGGCUCCCUGCAUCCCCAACAGCCCCCGAGUGAGACGCCACCCCCCGCUCACCGUCCCUCCCAAGCUCUCCAUCCCGCUCUCCCCCGUGCCUCCUAUGUCGCCCCGCCGUCGGCACCACCUCCACCCUGACCACAACGGCAAAUCUGUCCCCAUCACGCAGGUGACUCCCCACCCCUCCCCCAGAGGGAGCCCUCUCCCCACCCCUAAAGGCACCCCGGUGCACACGCCCAAGGACAGCCCGACCGGCACGCCCAGCCCAACGCCGCCGCCCAGCCCCUCCAUCGGGGGCAUGCCCUGGAGGACACGCCUCAACUCCAUCAAGAACAGCUUCCUGGGCUCGCCGCGCUUCCACCGCAGGAAAAUGCAAGUUCCCACCCAGGAAGACAUGUCCAGUCUGACUCCAGACUCGUCUCCAGAACUGGCUAAGAAGUCCUGGUUCGGUAACUUCAUCAACCUGGAGAAGGAGGAGCAGAUCUUCAUCGUGAUCCGAGACAAACCUCUCAGCUCCAUCAAGGCGGACAUCGUCCACGCCUUCCUCUCCAUUCCCAGUCUGAGCCACAGCGUCAUCUCUCAGACCAGUUUCCGGGCGGAGUACAAGUCCACAGCCGGUCCGACGGUUUUCCAGAAGCCGGUGAAGUUCCAGGUGGACAUCACCUACACCGAGAGCACCGGCGCCACCAAGGACAACGGCAUCUACUCCGUCACCUUCACCCUGCUCUCAGGUCCCAGCCGACGUUUCAAGCGUGUGGUGGAGACCAUCCAGGCCCAGCUGCUGAGCUCCAACGACCAGCCCGGCAUCCAGCCCCAGAUCUCUGGCAGCCCGUUGAGUAACUUCUUUGACGUAAUUAAACAGCUUUUUUCAGACGAGAAGAACAUCCAAGCGUCCCACUCCCCCGGCGCCCCCGCCACGCCUAGCUCCCCCGCCAAGCAUGCCCCCGGCAGCAAGCCCAACCAGCCCCCGCCCAAUGACUCUAAAUGCCCCCCCGGCAAAGACAAAACAAAGAUGGCCGCCAGCAGCAGGACGCAGGAACAACCUUAA